AUGGCCCAAGAACUGAAAGCAAAGGGCAACGAGCUCUUCAAAGCCGGAGAUUACACCGGUGCCGAAGAUUUCUACUCCCAAGCAAUCCAAAAGAACCCCCGAGACGCAACCUUCUUCACAAACCGCGCUAUCACCCGAAUCAAGCUCGCGAAAUGGGCAGACGUCGAACAUGACGCUCGCGCCGCGAUCGAAAUCUACGGUUUAAAGAACCCCGCCGCCCUAAAGAGCCACUAUUACCUAGCCCAAGCCCUCCUAGGCCUGCAACGUCCACAAGAAGCGCACGAUGUCGCAUCCGACGCAUACCAACAGAGUCUAGCAGCGAAGAGUGCCCAGACGGAGAACCUGUCGCGCACAGUCUUGCGCGCGAAGCAGCAGAUCUGGGCUGCGCGGGAGACGGCCCGGCUGCGCGAGCUGAAUGAGACACUGGGAUCUGUCGAGGCGCUCGUUGAGGCUGAUGUAGCGCGUGCGCUGGCGGAGUUGCAGGGUCGGUUGGAACGUGGGGAGAUCGGGGAGAUUGGGUUUGGGGAGGAUCAGAAGGCGUUGCGGGAUGAUGCGGAGACUAAGAUUAAGAAUUUGAGGGAGGCUUUUCGACUUGCUUCGAAGGGGGAGGUUCAGGAACGGGUUGUGCCGGACCAUCUUAUUGAUGGGAUCACCUUCGAGAUCAUGCAUGAUCCGGUUAUUACACCGUCUGGGGUUAGUUUCGAUCGCUUGGGUAUCACCAAGUAUGUUGAGAAGUCGGGUGUCGAUCCUUUGACUCGGGCUCCUCUUAGUGUCCAUGAUCUGCGGAACAAUUAUGCUCUCAAGGCUGCUUGUGAGGAAUUCCUUAAGAACAAUGGAUGGGCGGUGGACUGGUGA